AUGGAUCCAGCAGGAACAUCGGGAGAUAUUGACCAUGUCUUGGGUCCUGCUUCGACCCCACAUCUAAUCAAUUCAAAUUCAACUUCAAAUCCAACUUCAUCAGACGAUGGAAGGACGUUUAAUCCUAAUCCACCGAGGCUCGACCACGGUCCAAAAGUACCUCGACCUAUCAAUUUCAGAAUGAUCAGUCCGGACAUAGGCAAUUUGAAUCGAAAGGGUAACUUGAAAAUCUACUUACCUAGAUUUGGAGUGAUAUUACCUAAACCACCUAGACAGAACGAUCUUCUGCCCUCUGAAUUAACGUUUCAAGGUGAAGAUAAGAUCUUAUCUGGUACUUUAGAAGUCACAAUACCUGAAAAAUGUAAAGUGAAAAGUAUUCAAGUGGGCGUUCAAAGUAUAUGUAGCUUACAUAUGGGAGUUGAAAGAGGAUGGGAACAAGAUGGGAUUUUUGAAAGAAUAGUCAGUAUAUCGCAAGGAGUAGAUAAACAUAAUGAAGAGGAUGGAAUUUGGUUAAAUAAGGGAACACAAUCCUUUUCGUUCUCCGUGCUUCUCCCUUCUACUUUGGCCAUAUCGGAUGACUUUAUAUGGGGAGGAAUCACACAUAUAGUGACAGCUAAAGUAGAAGGACUUCCAAUUCCACCAUCAACCUUAUCAUCAAUUACAUCCAUAUUCAAGCCUUCUUUCAAGUCAGCUUUGGAGAAGGAUCUAGCCAAUCGGGCUGCGUUUGAGGAGGUGAUGGCUAGAUCUGCACCAUCGGCGAAGAAAGGCGAUAUCCACGCUAGCAGUGUCAGUCCUAAUUCAACGAGUAAUGGAGAGAAUAUAAUUAGGAGAAUAGAUCAGAUAUCUAGUGGAGAUUCUCCUGCUUAUCAAGCUGAAGCGGAAGGAUCAGUCGCGACGAGAACAAAUGAUGCGUCAUCAUCGUUUCACUAUAAUGGUAGAGGUGAUUCACCUUCGUACUGUAGCUCAACAUCAACUGGAGAAACCCUUCGAGGUACCAGUUCUAAACGAUUGGAAGGUGAUUCGAUAACUUGGAUGAAAGGUGAUCUGUACACAUCUAGAGUCAUAAUGAUUCAACCUAACCCUUUCAGUGAUGGUGAUGUCACUCAAUUGGAUAUAAGGAGAGAUACAUUGAUCGAUGGCUUAGGGCCAAUAAGGUAUAGUCUCUCAGCCGAUGAGUUUACAGUAUCUUGUGUAUGCAUAUUCUCAUUGUCAUUCCCAUCUCCUUCUCCCACCACAACGAUAUUUUGCGUUCGUCUCGUCAUAUCUCAAUCGUGUUCGAUAGUAUCCCCUCGAACACCAGAUCUACCGCCUUAUCAUCCAACAAAGACGAAAUCGAAAUUGUUAUAUCAAGUUGGUGAGAUGCCUAAAGGUCAUGAUCAUCCUGGGAAAGAAGUACCUUUUAUCUGGAAAGGUAAAGACGUGAUUGGUGCAAAAGAUCAAGGUCAAAAUAUUCAUGUUGCUCAAGGUGAAGAAGGAUGGAAAAUCAAACAAGUUGUCAGAUUACCCGAUCAUCUCAAUUUAGCUCCAUCCACCCUUGAUGGAACGAUCACGCCAAUCGAUGUCAAGCAUGAAAUCACAAUACAAGUAUGGCAUUCGAUAUACGGAGAAAAUGCUCAAGGGGAACCUAUCAAUGGUCCAGGAGAAUGUAGAUCAUUGAUUAUCAAAUUCCCGGUAUUGAUACCUUCGUGCAGUUUAACAGUGAAAGCGUUGAACCUUCCUACUUAUGAAACUUCGGAUAAAGCAUCAUCAUCCACCGAAGAUAUAAAAGAGAUAUUUUCAUCUUCAUGGACAAAAUAUCGAUGCAUGUGCGGAUAUAGUUUUGAAGAGUUAGGUAGUGAGUCUAUGAGGAGGAAUCGAGAUGAUGAUAUGGAUUAUUAUGAGCGGAGAUUGAGCGAAGGACAAGUAAUAAAGUCACCUACUACUUGA